CCUUUGCAUACAUACACCAGGGGGUCCUCCCCAAAGGAUGCUAAUUUAUUGGCUCAAAACUCUGACUUCCCAUUCAUUUCAUGAUUGCAACUGGAGAAAUGUGAGUUAUGGAGGGUCCUCCAGAGAGACAGCCCAGAAAGACAGAAAGGGAGCUUUAAGAGGGCUCUCAGACUCUCUGGGUCAUGAUACAGACUCCCAGCAUCACCCUACACUCAGGGCAUCUGGAUGACUGACACAAAUUCUCUCUUUCUAUGCCCCUCCUCUCCUUAUCUCUGUCUGUUUCUCCCUCUCAUCUAUUGGGUGUUCCUCUCCUACUCCUCCAUUUCUAUUUCAUUCCAUUCUUGCCUUCUCUCUAAAUGUCUGUUGCCGUGUUGUCUUUCGUCAUCUGCUCCUGUCAGUUUUCCUCUCUUCUUAUCAGUAGAUUUCCAUGUUUUUCCUUCUGUGAUUCCCUGUUUCUCAAUGAUUCUCAUAUUCCCAUUUAUUUCUCUCUUUAUCUCUCCUUCUGUUAACCCAUGACCACCUACUAGCCUCUCUUUCUCUGCCUUUAGCCUUGUUUCACAGUCAUUGGUUCUCUCUGUCUGUCUCUCUCUGUCUCUCCAUCAAUGUCUCUUGUUUCCUUUCCCCUCAAGCUCCCAGUCCCGGGAUCAUGGCAAAUCUGAGCCACCCUUCUGAAUUUAUCCUCUUGGGCUUCUCCCCUCUUGGUGAACUGCAGAUCCUGUUCUACGGGCCCUUCUUUGUGCUUUAUCUUCUUGCCUUCAUAGGAAACAUAGUCAUCAUCGUUGUGAUCUUUGUUGACACCCACCUCCACACGCCCAUGUACUUCUUCCUGGGCAACUUUUCCCUGCUGGAGAUCCUGGUGACCAUGACUGCCGUGCCCAGGAUGCUCUCUGACUUGCUGACCCCCUACAAGGUCAUCUCCUUCACUGGCUGCAUGGUCCAGUUCUACUUCUACUUCUCCCUGGGCUCCACCUCCUUCCUCAUCCUGUCCAACAUGGCCCUGGACCGCUUUGUGGCCAUCUGCCAUCCCCUGCACUAUGGCACUUUGAUGAGAGGGGCUGUGUGUGCCCAGCUAGCAGGGGCUGCCUGGGCAACUCCUUUCCUGGCCAUGGUGCCCACUGUCCUCUCCCGGGUUCAUCUCAGUUAUUGCCAUGGCAACGUCAUUAACCACUUCUUCUGUGACAACGCACCUCUGCUGCAGCUGUCCUGCUCAGACACCAGGCUGCUGGAAUCCUGGGACUUUGUGAUGGCCUUGGCCUUCGUCCUCAGUUCCUUCCUGGUGACCCUCAUCUCCUACGGCUACAUCGUGAGCACCGUGCUACAUAUCCCUUCUGCCCGCGGCCGCCAGAAGGCCUUUUCCACAUGCAGCUCUCACCUCACCCUGGUCUUCAUUGGCUACAGCAGCACCAUCUUCCUCUAUGUCCGGCCUGGCAAAGCACACUCUUCGGAGGUCAACAAGACUGUGGCCCUGGUGACGUCCGUCCUCACCCCCUUCCUCAACCCCUUUAUCCUCACCCUCCGCAAUGAGACAUUCAAGGCUGUGCUACGAGGCCAGAUGCAGAGGCUGAAAGGCCUUCUCCAGGCAUUGUGA